AUGGGACAGGUCAAGAAGCUGGUGAGCCUGCCAAACUUGGUGGCCAUUGAGACGGUGGAUUCUGCUUCGCUGGCUGACAAGAUAGCAGCUGCCGCAGAAGGCGCUGGAAGGGGCGAGGGAGGCAGUGACCCCGUGGAGCUGUUUAUACAGGUGGAUACCAGCAACGAGGAGACCAAAGGUGGCGUUCAGCCGAAGGAAGCUGCCGAGCUUGCGUCGCACAUCGCUUCCUGUGGAAGCUCGGUGCGUUUUGCUGGAUUGAUGACCAUCGGGGCUCCCGGAGACUUGGGUGCCUUUGACCGCCUUCGCGCAGCACGGGAUGAGGUUGCAGCCACCCUGGGCGUUCCGGAAGACGAGAUUCGAUUAAGUAUGGGCAUGUCGGGGGACUUCGAAGAGGCCAUCCGCAAGGGCGCCACGUCUGUGCGGGUAGGCUCUCUGAUCUUCGGCUCCCGACCUGCCGCGCGCCAGCAA